UACUUCUUUUUAUAUAUAGAUAUAUAUUUUCCUUCAGAAAGGACCGUCUCUUUUUCCGUCUCUCUCGGCUGUAUAAAGAAGUUGAGAGCCUGCAACAAUAUUGGGAGUUAUGAAGUUGAACCUCAAAAAUAAAAACAAAUACAAAAUAUUCUUUCCCAAAACCUGGCAAUCUCUCCAAAGAAUUUCGAAUUUUCCGUCCAUUUCAGCAUCGGGAUAACAAACUAAUCUUCCUAGCGAAUUAAGAACCACCGUGCUUCAACAAUGUCGAUCUUGUCAACAUUGCGUUGUAUUACAGUGGACGUUACUGGUACACUGCUAGCUUACAAGGGGGAGCUCGGUGACUACUACUGCAUGGCAGCCAAAUCCGUCGGCCUGCCUUGCCCUGACUACAAACGGGUGCACGAGGGCUUCAAACUAGCAUACAAGGACGUGGCCCAAAAGUAUCCUUGUUUCGGGUAUGCUGCGAAAAUGCCCAACAUUGUGUGGUGGAAAACAUGCGUAAGAGACUCUUUUAUUAGGGCGGGCUAUGACUAUGAUGAGGAGACAUUUGAAAAGGUGUUCAGACGCAUAUACGCAUCGUUUGGUUCAUCUGCUCCUUACACUGUUUUUCCAGACUCCCAACCAUUUUUAAGAUGGGUGCGUGAGCAGGGUCUACAGGUGGGGCUUAUUAGCAAUGCGGAAUAUCGGUAUCAAGACGUAAUUCUCCCGGCAUUGGGUCUGAACCAGGGAUCCGAAUGGGACUUUGGCGUGUUUUCUGGUCUUGAAGGCGUUGAGAAACCAAAUCCGAGGAUAUACGAGAUUGCCCUUCAGAGGGCUGGAAAUGUGGCGCCACAAGAGGUUUUGCAUAUUGGGGAUAGCAUGCGCAAAGAUUAUGUGCCGGCAAAGAGUGUGGGGAUGCACGCGUUGUUGUUGGAUCGUUUCAAGACGAAGGAUGCAGAGGAGUGGAGGAAGUCCGGUGCAACUGUGCUUCCUGACUUUGUAGCAGCGAAAGAAUGGCUUACUUCAGACAACUCAACUUGCUAAUUAAGCAAAAGACUGUUUCUCUCUCAUAUCCCAAAUGAUAUUACUGUUUGUUAUACACCAAGUUUUUUUUAAAGGGUUUGAUGGCUAAUAAUGUGCUUACCAGAAUAGAGCUUCUCUUGUAGGUCCCACCGUUUUACAAAAAGUUCGAUGAAAAGAGAAAUGAAGGCUGUUACCCUUUAGGAAAAAAAAAACAAGAAGCCUGUUUGAUUGGUUUGGAAGCGAAAGAAGGAUCAUAUAAUUGUUGGUCUAAUUUCCUGCACUUCCAACCAAAGGGAAGAAAUUAGAAAUGUUGUGUGGUUUGGUGGCAUCUGUCUUUAAGAAAAUAUGUAAUAAUCGUAAACUGGUAGUAAUGAAAACAACAGGGUAAUAAUUUGUUGUA